GUCGUGGUUGGUUCGUUACGCGCGCGUCAGAAUUUUUCCCUGUUCUCGUAGAAAGCACAAAACGCGUACAAUUCAGAAAUAUAAAGUCGAAUUGCAUUACGAUUUCUGAAACGCCGGUCAAAGUCAAAGAGAAGAAAACGAAAAAUCAACAGAUAAAUUGCAACAGACAAAAACGCCAUUUCGUAUGAUAAAUAAUGCAAUUGCCAAGCAAUUGAAAAAUCGGCCUCAUAUAUAUAUAGCUAGCGAAUAUUGUGUGCAAUCUCUUCUUCGCAAAAAAAAAAAAAAAAACCAAAACAAAACAAAAAUAAAAUCAACUAAUUAUACUUAGAAAUCGCGCAACGCAAUAAAUCGAACGCAUAUCAAUCGAAUGUAAAAAGGAAUUGAAUAAUAGAAUUUCAUUCACAUACAUACAUACUUAUAUAUGCAUAUAUAUAAACACACACAAUUCUAAACUAAAUCAGAGAACAUAUCCAUCAAUCAGCUGUUUUAUUUUUUGUGAUUAUGUCAUGGAAAUGUUGCUAAUAUUCUUAACAAAACAACAAAUUAUUGCAAAAUAGUUUAAAGUGCGUGUAAAAUUGAGUUGAGAAAAGAAUAACAGAGAAAUAAAUAAAAAUAAAUCUUAACUGCCUUGACGAACCGCGAACCGUCUAUAUAAAUUUUUUUUCGUUUUUUUUUUUGCAUUGUGCUGCACACUCAUUUGGCAUUAGUGUGCGUGUGUGUGAGAGUGUGUGUGUGUUGUUAUUUUUUUUUUGCCAUUUAAAGUGAAAGAAACUUUCGUUCACAAAGUUAACCCUUUUUGCUAGCCGAAGGGUUUUACUUGUUUUUAUUGCUCACGCGUGUUUUGGGCCGCAUUGUUUUGGCCCUUUACUCACUCUUUCUGUCAAUCUGUUCCUCUGGGUCUCUCGCGGUCUCUCUCUGUUUCUUUGCGUGCGCUCGUGUCUGUGUGUGUGUGUGUGUGUGUGUGUUAGCCGGCAAGUGCAACAAAAAGAAAGAGUUUCAUUGAGCGAGUGAAACAGCUGUUUAACUGCAACAUGCAACAGCAGAGGGCACAAUUUAUGCCUUAAAGAAGUGUUCACACAAGGAAAAGAUAAAAAAAAAAGAGAGCAAUCCAAAGUGAAGGCAUAAAAGAUACAACAACAAGCAAAUCCUUCCCCCGCCACCCCCACGACCAAAUCAGUGUGAACUUUAGUCGCAAUAAAAUGGCCGGUUUCAAGUUCUACAUAUUCUUCGCCAUGGCCAUGACCAUUUGCAGUGUUGGCCUAAUGGCCAAUGCCAAGCAUUUGGGCGCUGGCGACAUAUCGGCUGAAAGCAACAACAUCAACCACCAACAUCAUCAUCAGCAUCAGCAUCAGCAUAGUGCCUCCACGCAUCACAGGCGACGCUUGCAACGCGACUCACGUGCCAAGGAUACUGUGCAACAGCAAUGCGAUGCCGUUAAGGAUUAUUUCAAAUCGAUCGACAUCACAUCGAAUGGAGUUUACAAUGAGAAAGGCGCCAUAUGCGGCGGCAAUUGUUGCAACAAUGCCACCGAACAGGAGUUACGUCAAAAGGCAUCCGGCAAAUUUGAGCAACUGCUGCAUCAUCAUACAAGCAGCCUGCGCGGCAUUCUCGAUGAGACAGCCAAACAAUUUCAGAGUCACGUGCUGGAGCUGGCUCAACAAUCGGAGAACAAGACAUUGACCGUGUUCUCAAAGGUCUACAUUAGGAUGGUGCCAUUGUCCCGAAUGAUGAUACGUCAAUUGUACACGGAAAUCAUGAACCAUCUGGUGUACACAUCAAACUAUACGAACAGCAAUGGCCAGAGCAAAGGUUUGACCAGCAAUAUACAAAGCAGUUUGGAGGAUGCCUUGCACAAGUUCUUUGUGCAGCUAUUUCCUGUCGCCUAUCAUCAGGCUGUCCACCUGAGCAAGGACAAUUAUGGUGAAAUGCAUGAGGACUACAUCAAUUGCCUGAAGCGCAACUUUGAUGAGCUGCAGCCCUUCGGUGACAUACCGAAGGAGAUCCAAAGCAAUCUCCUGCAAAGUGUUCACAUGGCCAACGUUUUUAUGAGCGCCCUGCUCCAGAGUGCCGAAGUGCUGAGCGAGGCGGAUGCCCUCUACGGCCAGCAAUUGACAGAUACGUGCAAAAUGCAUCUCCUCAAGAUGCACUAUUGUCCCAAUUGCAAUGGCAUACAGCAGCAGCAGGCGGCAGGACAAUCGCAUGGCCAGCCCAAAGUGUGCUACAGCUAUUGCAUGAAUGUGAUGCGCGGUUGCUCGGCCCAGUAUGCUGGUCUCUUGGAUAGUCCCUGGUCAAGUGUGGUCGAGGCAUUGGAAAAUCUUGUUAGCAAUCACAUACGCUCCGACAAUGGCAUCAUGAACACCAUCAAGCAAUUGGACACUAAGCUAUCCGAGGCCAUAAUGCGUGCCAUGGAGAAUGGCCCCGAAUUGGAAAAGAAGGUUAAGAAGACAUGUGGCACGCCCAAUCUUUUGCCCUCAUUGACCAGCGCUGAGAAGGAGACACGUUCUCAAAUGCAUCAGUUGCCAUCAAUAAAGUGGGCCUCACCGCUAGAGACAGGCAUUGCCCACUUCCUCACCACGAUUGACAAGUCCAAGGAGAUUUAUGCGAAUAUUGUCUACAAUUUCUGUGACGAGGACUAUACACAAAGCGAUGAUCAUAUGUGCUGGACAGGCGAUCGUGUGGGCGACUAUACACAAUUGCUGAUGACUCCCGGCACGGACACGCAACGCUAUAACCCCGAGGUGCCAUGGGAGACACAGACACAGGUCAGCAAACUGAACGAGCUGGUUGACAAGCUAAUCAAGAUACGCAAAAGCAUUGGAGCAGCGGCACCAGCAUUCAAUUAUAUGCAAUUGCAUGACAUUCAAAGCGACAUGGGACACGAGGGUUCUGGAGGAGGCGGCGUCAUUAGCGACGAUGAUGACGAGUAUGGCGGCAAUGUCCAAGGUUCUGGCGAUGGUUCUGGCGAUGGUACCACACCUUAUAUCAAGGAAUCAUCCGAUAUUGUGCCAACUGGCACAAAUGACACUCAGUCGCGGGAGAAUAAUGAAAACAGCUCAUCCAAUUCGCCGACAGCCACUGCAAUGUGUCUCCUUCUCACACUAGUCACAAUACUCUACAGCAGUUGCAGUUAAAGCAGCGGCUAAAAUCCAAAAAAACAAAAUAAAAAAAUAAAUACAAACAAAAAAUAUG